GGAGCUGGGAAGGGCUCGGGGCUGAGCUCCCAACCUGAGCAUGGCUCGGAGAAGCCUCGCAGAGUCGCAGCCUCCCGCAGCCCCCGGAGCUGCCCCAUAUCCCCGGAGCCGCCCGCUGUCCCCAUCCCGAAUUGCCGCUGCCCACGGAGCCGCUCCAGGGCGCUCACACCUGGAAGGAUCCCAGCUUGGAUUCCCUGGCUGUUAGCAGAGCCCUGCAGACCUGCCCAGCGCCACGGAGGGAAUUCUUCAUGGCAGCCUGAAUACUUUGGAAGAGGGCAGUGGAAGGCGGCAGUUUGCACCCCUCCUUCUCUGCUUGAGAGAAAGGAGUUGCCCAACCUAGUCAUGAGACUUUUCCAUACUUCCCAAAGAGGCUCCUGAAGUUCUGACACUGAAUCAAAGAGAGCCUAGGGCAGCACAGUCCCCCGCCCCCUGCCCUAACCGACAGUAGACACGCAGGCACAGGAGAUGGAGAAUGAAGUUGGCAAAUCUGUGGACAAUCAAAUGGACAAAUACAUAGUUACAAUAAUGGGGAAAUCAGAAAGCCAAAUGGAUAUUGUGGAAAAAUCUACCAAAUCCGGGAAGAAGCCCUGGAGCUUUGUGGCCAUCGGGCUGGCUGUCCUGCUGCUCCUCAUGACUUGUGUGGCCGUUGCCCUGGUGAUCCUCUAUGCCAGCAGCAGAGGCUCCUACUAUGGCACCAACUCAGGCAAAAUCUGUACCACCCCUGGGUGUGUGACAGCAGCUGCCAGAAUAAUCCAGAACAUGGAUCCCACAGCAGACCCGUGCAAGGAUUUCUACCAGUACGCCUGCGGGGGUUGGCUGAACCGGCAUGUGAUCCCAGAGACCAGCUCCAGAUACAGUAUCUUUGAUAUCCUGAGAGACGAGCUGGAGAUCAUCCUGAAAGGUGUGCUGGAGACUUCAGAUCAAGGGGACAGAGAAGCAUUUCAGAAAGCUAAAAUCCUUUACAAGUCCUGCAUGAAUGAGAGUCUUAUAGAGCAACGAGAUUCCCUGCCUCUGCUGGAGGCCUUGAGGAUGGUUGGAGAUUGGCCAGUGGCUUCUGCAGACUGGAGUAAGACCAAAGAGCCAAGCUGGAGCAUGGAGGAAAACCUUUCCAUAAUGAACUCCAGGUUUAACAAACGUGUCCUCAUUGACAUGUUCGUGUGGAAUGAUGACCGGGAUUCCAGCAGACACAUAAUUUAUAUUGACCAGCCAAGCUUGGGAAUGCCAUCCAGGGACUACUAUUUUAAUGGGGAUAACUAUCAAAGAGUGAGAGAAGCUUAUCUGCAAUUCAUGAUCACCAUCGCCAAAAUGAUAAGGGAAGACAAGAACAUGUCCAAAGAUGACUCCUUUGUCCAAGAGGAAAUGGCAAAGGUCAUGGAGUUUGAAACAGAGAUUGCAAAUGCCACGACCCCAGCAGAGGAAAGGCAUGAUGUAACCUUGUUGUACAACAAAAUGACCUUAGCAGAACUGCAGGAAGAGUUUUCAUUCAAUGAAUUUAAUUGGACCUUCUUCAUCCAACAUGUCAUGUCUUCAGUAAAUGUUCAGGUGGAUCCAGAGGAAGAGGUGGUUGUGUAUGGGAUGCCUUAUCUACAAGAGCUGAAAACAAUUAUCUCCAAGUACUCAGCCAGCACCAUCCAGAACUACCUCAUCUGGCGGCUGGUGAUCGACAGGAUCAGCAGCUUGAGCCGGCGCUUCAAGGAUGCUCGGGCCAGCUACAGGAAGGCCCUGUACGGGACAACCCUGGAGGAGGCGCGCUGGAGGGAGUGCGUGAGCUAUGUCAACAACAACAUGGAGAAUGCAGUGGGAGCGAUGUAUGUCCGGGAGACUUUUGCUGGUGAGAGCAAGAGGAUGGUCCGAGAUUUAAUAGAGAAGAUCCGUGAAGUGUUUAUAGAGACUUUGGAUGAGCUACAGUGGAUGGAUAAGGCAUCCAAGGAGAAAGCUCAUGAGAAGGCAAUGGCGAUCAAAGAACAAAUUGGCUACCCAGAUUAUAUUUUGGAAGAUCAGAAUGAAAAACUGGACCUGGAAUAUGCCAAUUUAAACUUCAGUGAACACAACUACUUUGAAAACAUCCUGGAAAACCUGCGAGCUGGAGCUCAAAAGAGCCUGAAAAAGCUUCGAGAGAGAGUUGACCAAGAUAUAUGGAUAAUUGGAGCUGCAGUGGUCAAUGCAUUCUAUUCCCCCAACAGGAACCAGAUAGGUAGGAAUUUUGACAAAGAUGGGAACAUGCUGAACUGGUGGAGCAACUUCUCAGCCCUGCAUUUCAAGGAGCAGUCCCUGUGCAUGGUGCACCAGUAUGGGAACUACACCUGGGAGCUGGCUGGGGGACAGAAUGUCAGUGGCAUAAGCACCUUAGGAGAAAAUAUUGCAGAUAACGGAGGAGUCCGACAGGCUUAUAAGGCCUACUUGAAGUGGCUGGAACAGGAAGGGAAGGAGCCAAAGCUGCCUGGACUGAACCUGUCCCACAAACAGCUUUUCUUCCUCAACUUCGCCCAGGUUUGGUGUGGUUCCUACAGACCAGAAUAUGCCAGUCAGUCCAUAAAGACAGACGUUCACAGUCCUCUGAAAUACAGGGUGAUGGGCUCGUUGCAGAACUUUGAAGCCUUCUCCGAGGUGUUCCACUGUAAGAAGGGCACGGCCAUGCAUCCUGCAGGGAAGUGCCGGGUGUGGUAAUCAGAGAUGGGACACUCUGGUGACACCACAAACAGCUCAUCGGAGGAAUGUGCUCAGUGUUCUGCUGCUCAGCCACUGCCAGGGCAGCUGCUGCAGUGAGAGCCAAGGAAGCACUCAGCUCUCCCAGUGCCACUGGGAAGCACACAGGGAUCACAGGGAUCACGGGAAUGGAUCCCGGGAUUGGCAGUCUGUGCCAGAGGCCACGCUGUGUUCCCAGGCACAACAACUGUUUCCAAUGACAUCCUGACUGUUACUAAGACACUGCAUCAGGGUUACAAGGACUAACUCUUACACGAAAACAAAACCAACAAGCAGCCACAUAUCUAUCUUUCAGAAAGGAGUAACAAUUUUAAUGUCAGCUCCGCUUCCUUAGGCUCAGCAAUGCUAAGAUGUUCCACUGCUCCAUUUCCAGUGUUCUGAUUUUGUUUCUGGUGCAUUCUUCCCCAGAUCAGGUUAGAGAUGGUGUCAACUCUCCUGCUGUCUGUGCCUCUGCACUUCGAUCACUGCUUCGUUGUCAUGGAUUGCUAUUUGUCGUGACAUGUCACACAGUGAGCUCUGUGUCAAGAUGCCUGUCACAAUCUCCUCCUGCACUUGAGUUCCUCUAGUUCAAAGAACCCUCUUCAAGUGAGGCAUCACUACAAUUAUCACAUUUUAGGAGUAACAAAUUCUGUCUUUAUGGUUUAAUUACAGGAUCCUACCCUUCAGAGAUACAUUUAAAAUUAUGCUUAUUCUUGUAGAAAGUGUAUUAAUUUUGCCAAAUCAAAGACAUGCAUCCAUGGAAAUAAUUAAGCUGGUUUUAACCCUGUGCUUUUUCAUUUUUGCCAUAGGCUAUUUUUCAGUAUUUACACUUGAAAAUGUAGCAUGUAUUAAUUUUUAAUAAAAUUUAAAAGAAAAAAAUAAUGGUUGCAAAUUCAGCAAGGAUUUCCCUGUGGAGAGGUAUGGCAGGCUGUCCUUAGUAAACAUCCUAAAUUUAAAAUAUUUCCAGCAUUAAAUAGUGAGUCUUCAACAUAAUUCCAGCAAUUUUAUUUUUUUUCUAGCACAGGAAUCAUUUGACAGCAAGGCAGUAACUGACUGUGUGACUCUGCAAAAUCACUGAGCCCUGGAGAUGGGCCAUUGAAGGUUCUGGCACUUUCAGCUGUUAAAGGGAUAAUUAAAAUGUACCUAGGAGGGUUAAUGCCAAAUAACCAUCACAGCACAUGGAAGUUAUUCUAUUUUUUUCAUGUAAGUUCAUCCCAUCUCCCACCUGCAGGACACUUUCCAGCUGCCAGUUUGUGUCAGCAUCAAGUGCAUAAGUUCCAACCUCCCCUUACAGCCCCCCGAUCAUGGUGCUGUACCCACACACAAACUGGAGAUAAGAGACAGUCUCCAAAUCCCCAGGAAAUGGCCCUGAAUUCCUACUGACCACUGUCUUACCUUUCCACAAUCAUAAAAUGCUUCAUGCCUGUGGGAAGUUCUGUACCAGAAGUGUUUCGCUACACUUUACAUUCGGAGACACUGAAGCCUCAGAGAAGCUUUACUACGUACUUAGGAAAAGAAGGAAGAUCCUGAUGUUUCCCAGAAGGAAUCCUAAGCCUUUCCUUCUCCUACGCUGCCACCUGGUGACAAAUCCCACUCCAUCUCCUAAAAGACCAAAACUCACAUCCAACAGGAGCAACUUUCAGACUCCAUCAAACUACAGCUGGUGCAGACAUCAAACCCUGCAAAAAAAAUCAUUUUUUAGUUGGUAGAUUGCUGAUCCUGGUUGAUGCUGCACCUCUCUCUCUGACUGUGCAAAGCUCCCAGCUCACUUACAACAGCUUCCACCUGGAAGUGAGCUCACUGGAAGUCAUAAUUAUGGGGCUGAAAGACAGGCAUUUCUUUACAUAAACAUCUUUGGAGAAACUGCUGCCUACAAAUUAUAAAUAUCUCCUCCUAAUUACAACACUUACUGAACAACAGUAAUAUUUAACUCCUUUCCCUCCUUAAGAGCUGCUUUCAUCUCUGUUUAUUUAAAAGUUCACCCCAGUAAAACAGUAACACUGAGUAUCUCAAGAUCCAGUUGCCUUCAACAACAAGUCCUUAGCAGAUUAAAAAAAGUCCGAAACAGAAUUUACCUGAAAACUGUUGCAGCACAGAGAUUGCUGAAGGUGCCUUGUCACUGUUCUCUGAAUUUUCUCCAUUUGGGGGUUUGGUUUUAUCUUGAGAGUUUUUCACUCAACAAUUAUAGCGACCCCACCUGAGAGUUGUGGAGGGAUGAACACUGGUUGACAUUUAGCAGCUUCCACAGCUGGGGGUGUUGGAAAACAUCCAACCCCCUCAAUGAAAAAUUAACCAGCUACCAAGAAAAAUAAUUGGCAAAACAAAAUUGUAUUUUCCCAUUUUCUGUCUUUACUGGUCACUGUGACACAGUCAGGAAGCCAGACCAGCCACAAAAGCAGCAAGCACAACACCAGCAGUGAGUUUGCUGGGUGGUCAUGGUAUUUUCAGAAAGAAAUGUCAGAAAAUGCUUUACUGACUUGACACUUAUUUGAUGACCAAAACCAAACCCAGCUGUCAGCAGACAGGCAAUCAGCCUCUUUUUAGGUUCAGAUCCUUCCCAAACUUUGGAAUUGUGGCACUCCUUUUUGUACAAAAAGAGCUGGUGGUGACAGAAACUGGAGGCAGUUCACCCUUCCAAGAUUACUGCAAUGCACAGGUUUUCAGAAAAUGAGAAUGGGACUCAAAUAUUUUCAUGUAUUUGCACUUGAAAACCAAAUCCCACCCUAAAAAUCACAAUGUUUUUAUUCUUCGGACUCUAAAGAAAGUGUUUCUUUAUGGACAGACCUGCCUGUGCGCAGCAGAGAUUUUUAAAGUUAUUUUAUAGCAUUCCCUAAACCCUUCCACUUCGCAUUGUCUGUAUCUUUGGACCCAUCAGAACUGUGAUUUUGCACAGUCAUUCUUAUAAACCACAGAGGUUCUGAAACAUCACCUUACUCUCCAAAAACACCCAGAACUAAUUCUGCUAAAAAAACUAACACCGUUUUUUUUUAAAAAAAUAAAAAUUAAAAAAAAAAUCAAUAAGAACUUGUCUAUCAUAUUUUCCUUAAGGAAAAAGCCAACAUUUCCCAUUUUUUCCAUUCCUCAUGGUCAUAUGGAUAUCACCUCCCAGAUGUCCCAGCACACCCAUUCAGGACGUUCUCUGGAUUCACAUUUUAUUUCAUAGACAAUUCUGAUAACUUUAAAGCAUUUCUACCCUCACCAAAUCCUUCCUUAAAAAACAUUCACACGGAUGCUCUUCUGUGGACAGGAUUUCUGAGCCUGAGAGAGUUUCAGCCUGUCAGGGGCUCAUCUGUUCCCAGGGAAUAGUUCCUGGGAACAGUUUCUCUCCAGAAUUGUGUUAAGGUAAAGAGAUACUAUUUCACAAAACAAUAUUGAGCAGAUGUCCUUGGUGUGUUUUCUCUGGUCCCACCAAUGGGUGUUGUUCUUUCCACCAAUCGGGGUAACCUGGUUGGAAAAGCUAUAUAAGGUUAGAAAACCUAGCAAUCAAAAGGCUUUUGCCUGAUGAAAGCGGCUGCGCUGUGGAUGAUUUCUAGAGACCCUCGCUCAAUACUUCGUAUCCUCUAGCGACAUCUGGUGGCCCAACGUGAGUUCAGCAUAGGCACCACGACUGGAGAAGGUAGUAGUCUUGCAUCCCUUCUCCCACCCACCUGCCCGGGAAAACUGAGUUUUUUCAGUUGAGACUGUGGGUUUUUUGCCUGCCGUUUUUCUUUUUGCUGGAGACGUUUUCCCAGUGAGCUGACAGCAUGAUAAUCACGGUGUUAGCUUGUGAGGAAGAGCUUGUGUUAGAGCUUUGAUUUGAUAUCCUGCACAGGCAUGAUUUGGACAUUCCUGAAGCAUAUAUUAAUACUUUGUAUUUAUGGGGGAAGGAACAUGGAUUUUUUCCAACUGCUGUGGAUGCACUGCUGAAGGACCACUGGCAAAGCAUAGGUGAUGCAUUGUAUCAGCUGGUGCUGUCUAGCGGUGGGGAAGAGGCAAAACUCCUCCUCCUGUGGAAAAAAUUAAUGAAUGUGAUAGAAACCACAAGCUCCAAAGUGUCUUCUCGAGACACCUCAGACACAGGCUCUGACAGACGAGACUGGUCUGAUCCAGAAGACAUUCUCCUGUACCGUGACACACGGGAAACCGCAGCGGAGGUGGUCCAGGGCUGUUAAGAAGUGUAAUAAAUGGAAUUGAUUCAUGCUAACUAAAUUGUAACUAUUUGGAAAUUUAUUAUUAGAAGCAAUCAAAAGAAUCAGUGUUACAAUGCAGAUGUACCCCUUUACCAAUGUUACAUGUUAAAAUUGAGGUACAGGAUGUAGUCUGGAAGAUAAGUGAUGUCUCAAGAUGAAAACAUCCUUGAGAUGGACAAAAUUAGAAUGGCUUUAGGCAUGAGGCCUAAAAAUCAGUAAAUAUAAGACUAAUUAGUAGGUUUGCAUAACACAAUGCUCAGUACACACGUGCAAACCUGUAAGUUUAUCCAAAAGACAAUAAGGAAGAGGAGAAGCCUUUGCCAAAAGACCCCCCCCAAAAGAAGACUGAAGACCCCCUAACAACAAGUGAGGCAUGCACCGUGAAGAAUAGUGAUGUGAAGUCAGAAAAAUCAGAAAUAGGAGGAAACUUACAGGAAACAUUAAUGAAUGUGUAUAAGAAUACAGUAUGUAAGUUUAGCUUCAAGUGUUUUGUUUUGUACAUGAGGCAGGGUGGGAAGCCUCCGUACCCCAGUCAGUUUUAUACAUGAGGUGGGGUGAUAACCCCUCCCGUACCCUGGUCGGUUUUGCUUAUGCUUUAAUCAUACUUAAUUACUGGGAAAUUAUUUAUAUAAAAUGUAAUUUUUACUAAAUUGUAUUUUUUUAUUAAAUUG